AUGGACGCUGUGGACUUCCGGCCGGCCCCACCCACCUGUCCGCCCAGUGCGCUCUUUUUGUGUAAACAAACGUAUCGGUCACAGCUGACACUGUUCGAACCGUACCUGACGGUAUUCGCCAAACGGCCCCGCGCGCCUUACAACUUCGGGGAGACUCUGGAAGGAGAUAAGUCCGAGCCAACCUACCUUCUGAGAGAUGCUCAGCUUCUUGAUGGAACUUUCCUCGUUCACCAUUUCAUGAUGACCCCCUUCAAGAAUGCCCAGGGAUCGGGCACACCCUCUCUCCUCGCAAGCGUCUGGCAUACGGUCGAGGUGACUUUUCUUUCCAGCUACACCAAUGUGCUAUUAAUUUUCGUAUUCCUGGGGAUACUCUCUGGCUCCCAAGAUUGGAACCCCUCCGCCGUGUUUAUCCUGAAUUUUCUGGCCAUCUUCCCGCUGGCCUCGUUGUUGUCCUUUGCGACCGAGGAAUUGGCUAAAAGCGUCGGCCAGACGGUAGGAGGCCUGAUCAAUGCGUCUUUUGGCAAUGCCAUCGAAAUGAUCGUUGGAAUCACGGCUGUGAGCCAAGGUGAGAUCCAUAUGGUGCAGUCUUCGAUGGUUGGCUCGAUCCUGUCUGGCACGCUGCUGGUUCUGGGAUGCUGCUUCUUUGCCAGCGGCUAUGAUAAGGAGACAGUCCACUUCAAUGUCGAUGUGACGGGGAUCAUGUCGUCCUUGAUGAUUGUAUCCUCCUCCGCGCUAAUCAUCCCAUCAACCUUGUAUUCCACGUCUCUGUAUGCCUCUCCUGGUGGAAACGAGUAUAUCCUCCACCUGUCACAUAUUACCGCUGUCUUGCUAUUGCUCUUCUAUUUUGUCUAUCUAUACUUCCAGCUCAGCAGCCACUCCCAUCUCUUCACUAGCACCGAAGACGACGAAGAGGAGGAGGAGCGCCAGCUGGGACCGUUGGCAGCUAGCAUCAUUCUUAUUGCCGCUACGCUGGGAGUGACUGCCUGUUCCGACUACCUCGUAGAAGGGGUCGAUGGCUUUGUUGAAGCCUACGGGGUGAGCCGGGCCUUCUUGGGCCUGAUCGUCGUGCCGAUUGUGGGCAACGCUGGCGAGUUUGCAACCACUGUGAAAGCAGCCAAGGAAGGAAAGGUGGAUCUGGCCAUUGGUGUGAUUGUUGGCAGCACGCUUCAAAUCGCACUUUUCGUCACGCCAUUCUUGGUACUGUAUGGAUGGGCUUUGGGUCAACCGAUGUCGUUGCGCUUCAACUCGUUCGAGACUGCCUGUUUCUCGCUGGCGGUGGUGGUGAUGAAUUGUCUGAUUCGUGAGGGCCGGUCUAAUUACUUUGCGGGUGUCUUGUUGUGUGGAACUUAUCUGAUCAUUGCGAUCGCCUUUUACGUCCACCCAGAUAUUGUCAGCCUGAGCGAGAAGCCUGUCAUCGCCCAUGGACCACUGGUCCGGGGCGAGCCCAGCGCAUUCGAGUUCUCGGCUGAGCAGUUGAGCGGGCUCAUCGAAUCACGAAGCCUGGAUACCUUCUACACCUUUGGCGGCCUCCGCGGAUUAGAAAGGGGUCUGCGAACCGAUCGAAAUACCGGAUUAAGCGUGGACGAGUCGAGCGUCAGGAACCAUGAACCAUCGGCCACAGCCUCGUCCGUCGACAAACCUUCCCACCAACCCCAUCAUCGCCACAUUCACCUCCACCAUCACCAUGGCACCGAACAAUUCGCAGACCGACGCGCUGUCUUCGGCAACAACCGCCUCCCCGUUCCCAAGUCACCCACGGUCCUGCAGUUGAUAUGGGCGGCAUACAAUGACCACGUCCUCUUCCUCCUGACAGGAGCGGCCAUCAUCUCGCUGGCCCUAGGCCUAUACCAAACAUUCGGAACUAAGCAUUCGAGCUCAAACCCGCCUGUCGAAUGGGUAGAAGGGGUAGCGAUCAUCGUUGCCAUCAUAGUCAUCGUGCUGGUGGGCGCUGGCAAUGAUUUCCAGAAAGAGCUGCAAUUUCAAAAGUUGAACAAGAAGAAACAAGAUCGCCUUGUGAGGGUAAUCCGCUCCGGCCGGCCACAGGAGGUACCUAUCAACGAUCUGGUGGUCGGGGAUGUCGUACACAUGGAGCCAGGAGAUGUCAUACCGGCCGAUGGAAUCCUGAUUCGUGGCCACCACAUUCGAUGCGAUGAAUCAGCUGCGACCGGUGAGUCAGACUUGCUGUUGAAGCAGUCCGGUGACGAGGUUGCAGAUGCGAUCGCCGAUUGCCGUGAUACUAAAUACCUUGACCCGUUCGUGAUCUCGGGGUCCAAGGUCGCAGAAGGCCUCGGCUCAUUCCUGGUAAUAGCAACCGGCAACCAUUCGACUUAUGGCAAGAUCCUCCUAAGUCUGGAAGAAGACCCUGGCUUCACACCACUGCAGUCGCGACUCAACGUAUUAGCGAAAUACAUCGCCAAAUUUGGCGGUAUUGCCGGUUUGGUCUUGUUCGUCAUCCUGUUCAUCAAGUUCUUGGUUGGUCUGCGCCACUCGACGUCGUCCGCGACCGAAAAAGGCCAGGACUUCUUGGAAGUUUUCAUCAUUGCUCUGACAGUAGUUGUCAUUGCUGUGCCUGAAGGACUUCCGUUAACCGUGACGCUUUCUCUUGCCUUUGCCACCACCAGGAUGUUGAAGGACAACAACUUAGUGCGACAGUUGCGCGCCUGUGAGAUCAUGGGCAAUGCUACCGACAUCUGCUCGGACAAGACUGGGACCUUGACCCAAAAUAAGAUGACCGUGGUCGCAGGUAUUAUUGGCACAGAAGAGUUCUCAGAUUUAGGACUACAGACGGACGCCCCUUCGCGUGACGUUCCGACUACUGCUGUGUUGAAAUCUCGCCUGCACAAUUAUGUGAAAUCACUAAUUGUAAAUGCGGUUGCUUACAACACCACGGCGUUCGAGUCGAUAGCGGAUGGAAAUGUCACCUUUGUUGGAUCUAAGACCGAGGCUGCUUUGCUGUAUUUCGCCCGAGACAACAUGGGCUUGGGCCCAUUGGAACUGACACGAUCUGGUUAUGAAGUUGUGGAGCUCAUACCCUUUGAUGCUACGCGCAAGUGCAUGAUCACUGUGGUAUGCUUGGAUGAUGUUAAUGGGUAUAAGCUGUAUAGGGCGUAUAUAAAAGGAGCGCCCGAGGUAUUGAUGGGGUUCUGUAACAGGACGCUGGUGGAACCGACAAAAGGCGAUUCCGUUGCCGCAUUGACUGCAAGUACCAAGGAAGCUAUACGCCAGAAGGUAGAAGCCUACUCAAAGUGGUCGCUAAGGGCAAUCGCGUUAUGCUACCGAGAUUUCGAGGUGUGGCCCCCGAACCGAGCUGGAGAGAUUCAGUCCGACACACUCGACCUCGAAGAUAUACUUAGCAACCUGACUUUGAUUGGAAUUGCCGGUAUCCGUGAUCCUUUGCGGGAGGGGGCUCAUGACGCCGUGGAGACUUGCCGUCGGGCGGGAGUGACGGUGCGUAUGGUCACUGGAGAUAAUCUGUUAACAGCGCAAUCUAUCGCCGAGGAAUGCGCGAUUGUCACCAACAACGAGGACAUUGUCAUGGAAGGACAGGAAUUUAGGCGCCUGACAGAGGAGGAACAACUAGAGAUUGCGCCUCGUCUGAAAGUUCUGGCGCGAUCUCAACCAGAAGAUAAACGUACGCUUGUGCGUCGACUGAAGCAGAUUGGGGCAACGGUUGCCGUCACUGGAGAUGGAACAAAUGACGCUCCGGCACUCAAAGCAGCUGACGUCGGAUUUUCCAUGGGUAUCUCGGGAACAGAAAUUGCUCGCGAGGCUUCCGCGAUUGUGUUAAUGGAUGAUAACUUUGGCUCGAUUGUGAAGGCGAUCAUGUGGGGUAGGGCAGUCAGCGAUGCGGUUCAAAAGUUCUUGCAGUUCCAAAUUACUAUCACCUUUACCUCUGUCGGACUGGCCUUCGUCACAUCUGUGGCCAGCUCCAGCGAAACAUCAGUGCUGACAGCCGUGCAACUGAUGUGGGUAAAUCUAAUCCAAGAUACCCUGGCAGCACUGGCUCUCGCCACCGACCCGCCGUCUCCCAGAGUGUUAGACCGAACGCCCGACAAGAGAACUACUCCCUUGAUAACAGUGCCAAUGUGGAAGAUGAUAAUCGGGCAGUCGAUAUACCAGCUCGCCGUGACAUUAGUGCUCCACUUUGCCGGUAACAGCAUAUUCUCAUACACCACCGCGCACGAACACUCUCAGCUACAAACAGCCGUAUUUAACACAUACGUUUGGAUGCAAAUAUUCAAUCUAUACAACACCCGCGCCCUCGGCAAUAACAUCAAUGUCUUCGAAGGCAUCCACCGUAACUGGCUCUUCGUCGGUGUUAACGUUAUCAUGAUCGGCGGACAAAUAAUCAUCAUGUUCGUAGGCGGGCGCGCAUUCUCCAUCACUCGACUUACCGGCGUGCAAUGGGCCUACUCUGUUGUUUUGGGUGUCUUAUCUCUUCUUGUCGGGGUAGUAGUGCGUUUCAUCCCGGAUAGCCUCGUCGAGCGAUUAUUUGCGGGUGUAGGAUUUGUUAUGGGUCCCUUGUGGCGGUUAUUGAGGGUGAAAAUUGAGUAG